AUGCUGAGUAUUCAGAAAUCCGACGAAGACGAUGAUCACUACAAGAAAAAUCAGAGGAAGCAGAAUUUCAAAGCUACGCCUACGACUGGAAGUGGCAAGAAGCGUGGGCGACCUCCUAAGAAUACGCCAAAAGAGGCUCAAAGCGACGAAAAAAGUUCCACGGACCAGGGAGCCUUGAACAAUGGAACUCUGAAGAAAAACGAUUCGCAGUCGGAGAAGUCCGAUUCGGAUGAUGCCUCCAAAGCUCAGCUCAAAGGCACGAAUGAAAGCGGGCAAAUCAUCACGGAAAAGCGCCAACGUGGAAGACCACGAAAGUCAGAUAAAUCUGACCCGAGAAAGUGGAACGAUGUGAGUUCGCCGCAAACAGGCCGCUACACUGUCCCUUUGCCUGUUCCUGAUAGCUGGCCAUUGGUGUGCAAUAGAGAAGAAAUCAUGAAAGAGCUCUCUGAAAUGUAUACAAAUGUGAAAGAUGAGAAGCUUGGCGAGUUUCAUAAUCAAAUCAAGGCCUUUGUGUUCGCUUUGCAUUGGGUAAGUAUUAGUAGUCUGUGCCACUGA